CCUGCCUAAGCAGGGGGUUGGACUAGAAGACCUCCAAAGGUUCCUUCCAAUUCUGUUAUUCUAUUCUAAGUCUAGAAGAAUAAAAGCCAUAAAGGGAUGAUGCCUCAUGAUUUUAGGAGGAGCUGAUACAAUAGAUAAUAAAAUUGUGGGUCAGGUUUUUCAACCCGGAGAGGUAAACAGUUUCCUCCGACUACCACAGCUGAAACACCCUUGUUUGAAAAUGCAACGUCCUAGAUGAACAGGGUGUGUGUGUGUGUGUCUGCAAUUUUUGCUACUUGCAGGGUGAAGAAGGCGUUAAAGAGUUGAGAACAUCUGAUCAAAUGUCUUUCUGCAAACUGCAUCUCCAGAAGAGAGAUGGUUCAGUCUAUCAUAGCGCCAGAUAAAACUCGUUUCCAAAUUGCUCAGAGGCUCAACGCGAGAAGACAUGACUACUUGAGGCUUAUACUUUGAAUGUGUGGCUUGUGAUGUAUCCAGAAUUCGGCUUCCUUCUCACAUUUUCCAAAAUACUAGACUGGAAAAGACACCCAACUCCGUCCCACACUUUUCACACGAUGCGGCUGCUGUUCAUCCUCCUCUCUGUGAGCUGGAGUCAGAUGCCCACAAGUGGAGAAGUAGUGGACUCCUUUCAAGACACUUGUCCCCAGUUUUUCCUCCGAGAAACCCCGCCACUUAUCAGGAUCCCUCCGAGCCCUGUCCGCAUUUGCCAGCGUUACCAAAACCUGUAUCGUUUUGCCACGUUGUACGAUAAAGACAACCGCAUCCCGGUCUAUUCGGCGUACGUCUAUAAUCCUGGGAGUGCUAAGAGACCCAAAAAAUGGAUGGUUGAACCUCAGCUCAUCAAUUCCUCGUUCCAACCCGAAAUGGAAACAGAAUGGGACUUCCUGAAUAAAAAGGGCCCCAAAGAAGCUUUGCACGUUAGCCAGGCCGUCUUGGAAGAUUACAAGAACCUGAGCGAUUACAACAGGGGCCACCUGAACCCCAACGGGCACCAGCCGGAUUACAGUGCCAAGUCUUCCACCUUCACCCUGACGAACAUCGUCCCGCAGUUCAUCAAACUCAAUGGCGGAGCCUGGAACAACUACGAGCAAACCACCAUGGUGCAGAUGACCAAAGGAUGCCAGGAGACGUUUGCGGUGGUGGGCGCGGUGCCAGGGGACACCUACGUAGCUGGAGGGAGGGUCAACAAGCCCAGCCACAUGUGGUCUGCGGCUUGCUGCAUGAUAGACAACAAUCACCUUCGAUCCUGGGCCAUCCUUGCCAGGAAUGACCAAAACGUGGUGGAGAAACUCACUCUGGGCCAGUUGGAGGCUCAUCUCGCACAGCUGUAUAAUAUAAACCAGGUCUCUCUGUUUCACAGUGACUGCCCCCGGCAAUAAAUUAUGUCCCUCUUGCACAAAUGUGGCAGAUGCCAAAUUGACUGAAGUGAAUUUAAUCAUGGGUGCAUUAAGAUUUCCCGCAGAGGGCAGCACGUAGCCAAACUAGCAGAUUGUGGUAGAAAGCUUAAGCAGGCAGAGAUCUCCUAAACAUCUGCGCAGGGAUUAUGUCAUCAAAAUCCAGGUGUUAGGAUAGAGAGGUAAGAGAACCGAUAAGUAAGAAUGAAACAGCAAACUAUGUUUAUUCUCUGGCAAAGAGAAUAGAAAUAAAUUGAAAUAAUAGGAACAGAAUAGAAUAGAAUACAUAGAAUGGA